AUGGCCCAUGCCGCCGGCGCGACGAGGCCCGCGUCCCGCUACGCCGCCGUCGGAUCCGCCGUCUCCAGCUCUCCUACGCCGUCGCCAUCGUCGUCUUCUGGCAAGGACGUCUCCUCUCUGAGGCGGCUCAUCUCCGCCUCUGGUGGUCGCCGCGGCGGUGGCGUGAGUGAAGGGGGAUCCUCGUCCCAUGGGUCUUCCGGGGCCGUCGUUCGAAUGGCUCCCGGCGACGUUGCGGUGAAGAAUGGGCGUGAUCUCGGAUCCAUGGUGAGGAAGUUCAUGGAGAAGAGGUCGAAGCCGAAGACGGGGUCGUCGAAUACGGUGAAGCUGGUCGGCACGCCUGCUCAGAUAGAGGAGGAUCUCAAGAGAGCCGUGGGGGCUACUGGGAAGGGGUCGAACCUCUCGACCUUCCACAGGAAGCUGUUUCAGAAAGGAAAAUCGGGUGAUGCAGUUCCUGCGAAGGCUCUGACGGAGGCCAAGCUUAACACCCGUACGCUGGCGAUGGUGCUCCGGAGCGAGAGGGAACUUCUCGACCAGAACAGGGAGCACGAGUCUGUGAUUUUGAAACUCCAAUCACAGCUUGAGGACAAAGAGAGAGAAGUAAUCUCCUGCGUCCCUCAUUUAAUUAAUUUUCUCAUAUUCUCGUCAGGCAGAUUGCAUCAAUCUACGUAAAGACUCUUUGCAUUCGCUUCUGAUUUCAGAAAUUUCCCCUAGCAGAUGUUUCAUAAUAACAUCUGAGUUAUAUAGCCUCUACUUUGAAACAAUAAUUUCUACGAUAAAUCCCUGUACAUCAAAAGAAAGUCUAUCCUUAUCUGAUGAGUGUUCAUAAAACCCGUACUCAAUAUCUGUAACAUUCUGGUGACUGUUAACCAUCUUAUUUAUAUUAGUUUCUAAUCUCUGUUUCCUAAUACAUUUUGAUGACCUAUCACAUUAGGGUUAUAGAUUUCUGACGCCGAUGAGGUUUGACGUUUCAGGUGGAAAAAUUGAAGGAUCUAUGCCUGAAGCAAAGGGAAGAGAUAAAGACUCUAAAGGAUGCCAUAUUAUUUCCCAAUGCUGCGAAUGGCCCAUUACAGGUGCUGCAGGAGAACCAAGGACCAGAACUGCAGGAGGCAAACCAGGUCAUCCCUACCCUUCAGAAGCAGGUCAGAUCCCUCACUGGGCAGCUCCAGAGCCUUGUGGAGGAUCUUGCAGAGGUAUUUUCCGCACAGAUUCUUCUUUCAGUUUCAUGCAUUUUAAUUUCUGUGUUUUUCUCAUCUUCUUCAUGAUCUGAUUCCAUGAACGGAUAUCAAGCAAUUCAGGAUCGCCGAUGCUCAUCACAUGGUGAUCUGGUUUUUAAUCUUCGAUUGGUGAUAUCAACACUUGCAUAGAUAAUUAAUUUAUCUAUGGAAAAUCCCAUUCGCCCAAGUCCUCUCUGUUCAGGUCGGGCACUUAAAUUUGUGUUUUCAAUCUGCUGAACUCUGAAGUUCUUGACAAUAAUUUGAGGCCCUCUCCAUCUCAUCCCACCACCUCAUAAAGCCACGAAAGCUCCAUAAACAAGCUUUGGAAGUUAGCCUAGCUAGAACCAAUCUGAUCUUGCAUUUCAUAUACGUCAUACCACUGCUAUUUUGGAGCAUAGUUACUUCUGAUUAUCCACCAAUGGAUUUCAUGGAACGUGACCUUUUCAAUGUUCAUAUCAUGGUGUUUUUCUUUGUUUUUAAGCUCCAAAUGCACUUCUGGACGCUCGGGUAGGUAAUUAUUUUUUUAGUGGAAAAUUCCCUUCAUCCCAUUCCUAUCCAUAUAUACUUUUAUUAUUACCACUUUCCUGUAAUUUGUGCUUUCUUCUGCAGAACUCUGAAUUCUGAUAGAACCAUAUUAUAUCACAUUUAAAUACAAUUUCAUUGCUGACUCUCGGAGAAUAUUCAGGUGAGGGCUGAUAAGUAUUCGGCAAGGAGUUGCUUUGAAGGCUACACCCUCUCCCCCAGGACUCCAGAAUGCGAUCAUGGGUCGGCUAAUUCUUUGGUAUAAUUUUUUUCUUGUGCAUUGGAACGCCGAACCCCAUUUUGGGAUCUGAUUAUAACCGAUAGGUCUCUAUUUCUCCCGAUCUAUUCAAUGCAGGAGUUUAGCUCUGCGGAGCAGACAAUUCCUGGCAGCCCUGAUGAUGCCUUCCUGGAGGACCUGAAUCCUUGUCUGACUCCAUGUUCUUCAAAGGCAAAGCCCAAGGUUGGAAUUGUCUUAAUUUUUCUUACUUCACUAGCUCAUAAGAGCUUUGAUUAUCUCCAAUCUAGGACUGUCAAUAGGGCUCUGGGCUAGGGCUCUUCAUUGCUCUGGCUUGGUCUGGAUGAGCACGGAGCUGAGCUUAUUUCUAUUUACAUAUUGGUCUGGGCCCAAAACUAUUCCUAUUGAGCAUGUUAACGCCACAAUCUCAGUUCUAGCGCCUUCUCUCACUGGCUGAAGUGCUGAUCUUUUGCCAGGAGUACAAUGAGAACGCGGGUCACAACUAUUCACAAGGAGAUGGGUCUCUUGGGAUAAGGAUCGUCUCCGGCUCAGAGUUCUUCAACUCCAGGAGGUAAAAUUAUGUCAUUGUCCCUAUAAUCGCCACAGCCCUCUCCAGGUCAGCCGCCCCAGAAUACCCCUGGAUCUUAUGCUUCAUGUUUCCUCAGCCUCAAGCUAAUGAAACAGAAAAAGUAUUCAUUUUUUUGCACUGUCUGCCUCAUUUCCUCAAAUAUAAUAAAUGAUACAGACAUCAUUGUCGUCAUGACCAAUGAAUGGGCAAAUAUGAAUUGGCAAAGAAGGGUUUUUUUUUUUGUUCUUGCCCCAAACAGCUCCUACAUAUGCGUUGACUUCUGGCAACGUACCCGAAUCUUGGGGCUUCUAGACCUGAGUUUGACUCAGCCCACUCUAUAAGUUUCUACUUUUGAGGUCAAGCUGGGGUUCUUAGUGCUGCUAUUGAUUCCAACUCUCUGAGUGAAGACAAGCUCUUUGGUCUUUUCAUGUGA